AUGAGCAAACGGGUGGUGGGGUGGGCGGACUCGACGGAGCAGUCUUUGGUGCGCUGUGCUGGUGCUGAGCUGUCUGGAGAUGGAGGGAUGGAUGCGAUGGGCUGGUCACGGGGGGCCAUGCGCACGCGCUUGCCUGCUUCUGCGCUGCUCACUUUGCAUGGAGAUGCAGCUGCCCGUCCAUGGCCCGUGGCAAGCAGCAGUGCAGGCCGCAACCUGCGGGAGACGAAACGCCUCCAGAACCGACCUGCCAAACAGACAAGCGUGCGUCUGCCGCCCAGCAAUACCACCCUCCACCGACCGAGAUCAGCACGCACCGCACGACUCAGGUCCGUUCGCCUGCGUCUGUCUUUGCUGCACGGCGAGGCUGUGGAUAUCGCCAUCCUGUCUGUCGGUCUGGUUGGCUGCGGCACCGAGGUCCCCUACUCAGCCGUCCACUCGCUCGCUCACUGUCUAAUCCACCUGGCCUGUGCCAUCCUGCUCCGUCUGCAACCCUCGCUCGUAUCCAUGUAUAGCGAUUGGCCGCCCCUGGCCGUCGUCGAAAAUGCUACGGAUCGCCACCCGUGCGAACACUGCUGCCGACAGGAAGGGGAUGCGGCGCUAAUUGGAGGCAUGCGCAGCCCGGCCAGCUCCUUGCUCGCCUGCCUGCUCCUGUCUGCCCUCCCUCAGGCUAGCCCGCCUUCUUAA